UACAGGAAACCGACUUUACUUGAGUUUUCUGGAUUUGCAACCAAAGAUUAUCUGAAGAGUUAAUGGCAGUGUGGGAGAUUAUUUUGGAUAACGGAAAAUGUGAAAUGAUAUUAAACUUUUCCUUACGACUGUUUGUUCAAUAUAAAUAUUUUAUGUGUUGGUUAAUCGUUACUUUCUUCAAUGAUAUAAUAAGAGUGACUUAAAGCUGUUUCGCGGCGUUAUUGAGAAGUGAAAUUUACAAUCCAGUCUUGAAGAGAACUGAUGAUGUUAAUUUCUCUUUGUCCACAAGUGGGUCCUUCAAGUCUCCCUGGCUACUGAUUUGCAUGGGGUGUCCCAGAAGGCCACCCAGUGCUCACGAUAACGCAAAACGUCACUGAAGGGGUACUAUUUGUACAAUUGGAUAUUGUGUCUUGAUGAAAAGGAACAAAAUUAAUAUUAGGUGUAUUCGUUAAAUUAGAAAAUCCAUCACAAGUUAGCGUCGCGCGGAAGAUCGUAUCUGCAACAAUAGAGAGAGGGUCAUCAUAUCAGUUGAUUCCAAAUCAAAAUUAAGCCGCAUGUGGCAAGGCAUACAUUGACAACCACGUGAUAGGAAUGGAAGGAUGGAUGGGAAAGUCAAAUCUCCACAUCCUUCAGGUAUUCCAAUCCCACGUCACAUUCGAAGAAGUGCCUCUCAACCCAUUCCACCAAGAUUGUCCAGAAGGGACCAGUUUCAGGGUCAGGAGGGAAAAGGCCACCUUUCAGAGGUAGACUCUACCAGUCAGGGCAGGAGCCCAUCAGGGAAAUGGCUGGCUAACACAGACAAGAAACAUCCGCAGUCGUCUGAAGGACUAGGUCAAGUUAAAGUGCGGAAAGGAAAACCCUCAGAGGGUGGCUUCUUGCAGCAGUCAAAAUCAUGUGAUAGACUGGUGACAAGACAACCCCGGGAAAUAGCAGAGGCAGAGAAUGAAAAUCAA